AUGGGUUGGGUGUACAAUCUCAAAACCCCCGACCCUCACAGCCAGGUCCCCCGUGUCAUUGCCAUCUGCCUGGUCUUCCCCAUUGUCGCCUUUCUCGCUGUUCUCUUGCGAUUAUAUGUGCGCAUCCACACCAAGCGCGCCGGAUGGGUCGAUGAUUAUGCCGCGCUGUUCAGUUCUAUUCUGGCCAUCGCCUAUGGCGCGAUAGCCAUUGCGCAAUCGCGAUGGGGUCUUGGACUAAAUGCCAAAUACUUUCCCAAAGAAAAUGUCGUGCCGUUCAGCAGGGUCCAAUAUGUUGGCGGCCCGGUCUACACGCUGGCCCUACUAGGCUUCAAAGUCUCACUGUUGGCCUCGUAUCUCCGCAUCGGCGGGUUCGUCAAGGCCUACCGCAUCGUCAUCAUCGCCGUCAUCGUCGCUUGUGUCUGUAACCAGUUGGCUUUUACGUUUGUGUUGUGUUUUGCCUGUCGCCCGAUAGCUAGGCAGUGGGAUAUGUCUAUUCAAGGCAGCUGCAUCGAUACCGUUGCAUCUUACUACGGAACAAGUCUCGCCUUCGACUGCAUCAUCAUCGCCCUCCCCCUCCCCGUCCUGAUAACCCUCCGCCUCCAGCGCCGCCAAAAAGCCGCCCUCGUCGCCGUCUUCGCCCUCGGCUUCUUCGUCACCAUCAUCCAAAUCAUCCGCAUUUUUACAAUCAAGAACCUCAAAACGUACACAGAUAGCCAGCCUAUCGUCCUUUGGUCUGUCAUUGAAAUUAGUCUUGGCGUAAUAAUCUCCUGCAUCCCAACCUACGGCCCCCUCUUCCAUUCGCUCCAUCUAACCUCCACCCACCGCCGCCGCCACCCGGACGGCUACCGAUCGCAAUCCUACCGCCUGACCUCCCCCUCGAAUCGCCCCACCGGGUAUAUCCAUGGCUCCGGCUCCCGUCCUUUCGAUAGUAGUAUCCCCGCCACGACGACAAUCAUGUCGACAGCCGUAGAGCGGGAGCGGGAACGGGAUAAGGUCUCCUCGGACGGGGACUCGGAGGAGAGGAUACUUGCGCCGUGUGCGCAUAUGAAUCCGAAGGCAAAUUCGCAUCCGCGGGGCCAACGGAGCGAGAGUGAGACGACGCUGGCGGAGUUGAAGGGGAUGAGUGAGACGGGGAUCCAUACGAUGACGGAGGUGAGGGUUGAGAGUCAUAGUGUGAAGGGGUGCGGGUGGACUAGUGAUUGA